GCGUUUUAUUCAAUUCUCGGGGGGAGGGAAGGAACAGUCUCAAGUUGUAAACCUAAGUAGCGGGUUGGACUAGACUAGAAGAUUCUGUUAUUCUGUAUCAAGCAAGCUUGAGUAUACACAGGCACAGAAUUAUGCUUGUAUAUUCAGAAGAAAAUAUUGAAGAACAUAGAAAUAUCUCUAUAUCUCAUCAUGCGUGAUAAAAGUUGAAAAGUAUAUACAUCCAAUAAUACCACAACUGUAAAAUGAGUGAAUUCUAAAGGGCAUGCAGUAAGAAACAAGACUUUCAUUCAGCACCUGCUAGUAGUGAAAUCAAGUUCAAACACAGAAAUGAGACACGUGGCCGGAUGAAGAAAAAGAAAUUUUGGGCUCAAUUGAGAUCGUAAGACGAGGAUUACCUAUAUUCAGUUUUGCCGGAGAGUCUGCUACCACAUCAGAUUAGGAUCGGGGACAACAGACAAUGCCUUUUGACAAAGGUCCAACAUCUUCCAGAUCAUGGCAAUAUCUAAAGUAUUGUUGGUUUUAAACUUACUUUUCUGUAAGAUCCCCCAAAGCCUUCUUUCUCAUCGGUGCUUAGCUAAAGGACCAGGUGUCAUAAUGUGUUCUGGGCGUGUAUGGAUAGAACCAGCCCCCAUCAUUCAAAUAGGCCAAAAUGUUUCUAUAAAUUGUCAUUGCGUGGAAAACUGUCAGAAAGGGAAACUAUCUCUGAUCUUAAAUAACGUCGACGUUGAGGAUACACUCCUGUCAGUUAUAAACCAAACUACAGUUCAGCUCAACCUUCAGAAUUAUAAUGAGCCUUUUUCUACAGUUUCAUGCCUUCUCAAAAGUUCUAGAAGCCGACUGAUCUGUGGAACACAGUUUUGCAUGGGAUAUCUGCCUGACAAGCCAGCCAAUUUAACUUGCAUUAAACCUGAGCAAUCAGAUAAUAUGGUCUGCACUUGGAAACCAGGAAAGAAAACACAUUUAAACACUAACUACAUUCUGUAUGUGAAAAGUUUAUUCACAGAAGAGAACAAAGAAUUUGUCUCAAACAAUAGUUCAGUUAUCAUUCCAUUGAAUCAACUACAGAAAAACCAAACUUUUUCCAUCUCGAUCCAUGCUGAAAAUUACUUGGGUGGAAUUCGUUCAGAAGAACUUCAUGUUGAUCUCAACACCAUAGUAAUACCAGCUGUACCUGUUGUUGUUCAAAAUAAAACACUGGAGUCUCCAGGAUUCAAGACAAUAAUACAUUGGAAAAGGCAAACAGCAAUCAAUGAGACGCAUUGUGAGGAGCGAUAUAAGGAGACAAUAAGUGAAACUUGGCAUGUAAGAGACUGGGAUGCUAAUUUAAGAAAUGAACUUAACACCGAGUACAACUUAGAUGCAUAUACAAAGUAUGAGUUUCAAAUUAGAUGCAAACUAACUCACCCCAGAAGCCUGUGGAGCAGAUGGAGUGAAUCUGCAGUAUAUAUUACUCCAGAGAAAGAACCAGCUGCGGUACUGGAUGUAUGGAGGAAAUUCGGGCCAGUUUAUCCCAAUAGUACCCAAGAAGUGACUGUCUUGAUCAAGCCGCUGUCUCCAAAGGAAAGCAGAGGAAAAAUUCUGAAUUAUAGAAUAUUUUAUGAAAAACAAGGAGAGAAGGUGGAUUUAUGUAAAACAACAGAACUACAUUGCAAAGUGAUGGUGCCCCCAGCAGUGACCAUUAUUUAUGUGACAGCACACAAUUCCAAAGGAAGUUCCAAACCUGCAAAUAUUUUUGUGAAACAACCGCCUCACAAUUACCAAGCUUUCCCACCCCCUAUUAAUAUCAAAAUAUUCACUGAUAAACAGAAAGGAAUUUUUGUUAAAUGGGAACCUCCUAAAUCUAUUGGAAAAACACUUUUAUGGUACAUAGUGGAAUGGAUUUCUGCAAACUUCAGUCAUUUUCAUCAUAGCAUUGUUGCAUGGAAGAAAGUUCCUUUCCAGAAUACAUCAACUUCUAUUGAAGAAGGCAUCAGAAUGGCGGAGAACUUCACCAUUUCAGUAUACGCUGUUUAUCAGAAAGGCAUCAGUCGAGCCAGCUCCAUCCAGACAUUGAUGAAAGAAAAGAAAGAACUUGACAUUUCCCAAGAAAGGAGUCUUGCCGUCAUCAGGGCCAAUGAUGAUUACGAUACUGGGAUUCUGUUGGGAACUGGUGUCGGAGUGGCUUUCUUAUCAAUCUCUGUUUUCACUUUGAUUGCAAUUAAAUCAUGCAGGAAAAGGGUUAACAAAAUGGUUAGAUCGAUAGCACCAAAAUGGCUUUUUGAAGAAUAUCCUAAGAUGCAAAACAGCAAAGUAAUCAAAUGUCUCCAGGAAAAUGAUGCUGAGACAGACAAUUUUUCCGCGCCAUUUUUGGAUGUUGUGGUAACUGAAGUUGAAGAAAUAUUGAUGCAGAACCACUAUAGGGCUGUGGAGAAAAAAAGGGAAGGAAGCAAAACAGUUUCUGAGAAAGUCAGUAGCUCAGAUGAUGUACCAUUUGCCAGCAAUUUGGAUGUGACUGUGAGAAAUGGGUACAAACCUCAGACUUCUAAUAAGGCUCAAUUGGGAACUACUUUCAGCAUCACCAGUGAAACACCUUUUCAAAACUGGGACACCAAAUCAAAUUCAAUAGUUUCGCCCAUAAGUAAUUUAAGGAAAGAUUAUACCAGUCCUGUGGCCCCUGCAUGGCCUAUUGUUGACCCCAAUGAAAAUAAGUCUUUAUUUGAUAAAAUCACCCUUAUUCUUAGGAAUAGUGGAAGUGGGCAAAGCAGGGUCAGCUCAAAAGAUGAAGACCCAAGCACCCAAAAGGCACCCCAGUCGAGGUUUCUGCUUUCAGAUGAAGAUAUUCAAGAACAGACUUUAAUACCAGAUAAUCUACUUUCUUGCUUAAAAACAAUAAGUGAAGACCGGACCAACAUGUCCUAUUUCCCUCAAAACGCUAUUUACUAUGAGGAUUGAAGAAAAAGAAAAAGGAUAUAUGUUUUGCACAAAGAACACAAACUCUGCAUUUUCAAGCAGCAUAACUGAAGGUUCUCCGUUCAUUGUUUGAACAAAAUUGAAAAAAGUAAGUCGCAGCCACCAUUUCAGUUUUCAUCUCUCAGGUUAAUUCAUGUUAAAAACAUAUAAAAGACAGUUGCUGGAAUUGGGUAUGUCUAAUUUAAUGAAAAGGAGGACUAGGGGUGACAUGAUAGCAGUGUUCCAAUAUCUAAGGGGCUGCUACAGAGAAGAGGGAAUCAAGCUAUUCUCCAAAGCACCUGAAGGCAGAAUUAGAAACAAUGCAUGGCAACUAAUCAAGGAGAGAAGCAAUCUAGAACUAAGGAGAAAUUUCCUGACAGAACAAUUAAUCAGUGGAAUGACUUGCCACCAGAAGUUGUAGGUGCUUCAUCACUCGAGGCUUUUAAAAAGAGAUCAGAGAGCCUGUUUGUCUGAAAUUGUAUAGGGUUUCUGCCUGAGCAGGGGGUUGGGCUAGAACACCUCCAAAGUCCCUUCCAACUCUGUUAUUCUAAUUCUAACCUCUAAUUCUAAUGUUCAUAUUGUAAUUAACAUGUACAUCGAAUUAGGGGAGAUCCGAAAGUCAACUGAAUAAUCUUCUCAGAAGGUAAAAUGAUUUAUAAUAAAGUUACUUUACAAUUCAAGACUAUGAAAUGAUACCGCGGGUAUUUGAAGCCCAACUUCUUACACAAGGAAGUAUACAACUGAACUGAAGGAUGCAUGUACAAGAUAUACCUCAGGGUCAUAAUCAAUAUAAAGGAAGUGGGGGAAUCCAUUAAAAAUCUGACUAAAUUCAGAUAUGUCAGCAACCUGACAUACAGUACCUUCUUGGCUCUAAAGUCAUCAAAAACCAUGCCAAAUAUCUAUCAUUUUUAAUGGAUGACAGGAAGUCGUCUCAAAUUUAAAGUUCUGAGGGCCAAAGAAGUUAUUUACCACUAUUGACUACUAUGAUGUUUCAUUAGCCAGCUAGGUAAUAUGCGUUCUGAGAGAGCACCUAUAACUCCACAGUUCAACCCUGAGCUACAGAUAUUCUCUGUUAUUGGAACUAUUCACUAGCAGUGGGAAAUAAACUGUUGUGUAUCCUUU